AUGUCCAACCAGCAAGUGGGCACCGUGUUCGAGAAGGUCAUCCAGGAAGUCUGUGACGCUUCCGUGGUCGAUUUCGAGGAAAGCGGUGUCGACCAGAAGACGCUGAAUGACUUGAAAGAAACCUGGCAGAAAAAGCUUUCAUCCGUGAACGUUGCUUCUUUCCCCUGGGAUCCUGCCCCCCCAACCAAUCCAAGCUCCCGUUCUCCCUCCGCAAGCUACCGUCCCCAUGCUUCUCAAACACUUCCCGCCCAAGCACCGCCGAUGGGCGCUCCUCGGAUCAAGACUGAGCCUGGGUCAAAUAUGCCGAUGGGCAUGCCUCCCAUGCAUCAGGUACCCCACCAGAUGUCUGGACAGGCACCUAAUUCUCAGUCAGCUCGUGAUCGUGCUGCAAGCCAUAUUCAGUCUAAGUUUGGUGCUGCAGCCUCCAACUCAGUGAGCCAGCUCCAGGCCCACCCUCACGCACAGCAGCAAUACCCUCAGAUGCAUGCCAAUGGGCAAAUGCCCCAUAUCAAACAAGAACCCGGCUAUCCUUCCAUUGGACACAGUCAAAAUGACGGUGCUGGCGAUUCGCUAGCUGAAUGGAAGGCCGAGGUCGCUCGUCGAAGAGAGGCAGCUCAGAACGGCCAAGGUGAUCGCAUGCUUCGCGAGCAUCUCAACCAGCAGAUGCUCGAUCUGGAAGGUGGCGGUCUUCUCCGUCCCUUAAGCGAGCAGAAAUCCUCGACUCCGGCCUCGCGACAUGCGGUCGCAUGUCUCAAGGAAGCAACUGCAUUGCAAAUGUCCGCUGCUGCACCCAAAGUUCCCGGUCAAUUUGAUGGUGCCGAGGACCCACAAGAAGAGGAGGACGAGGAUGCCAUCAACUCGGAUCUCGAUGAUCCGGAUGACCUUAUUGCUGAUGAUCAUGAUGCCGAUGAAUCAGAAGGUCAGGUCAUGCUGUGCACUUACGACAAGGUUCAGCGUGUCAAGAACAAGUGGAAGUGCACUUUGAAGGACGGCAUUCUGACCACUGGUGGUAGAGAAUACGUCUUCCACAAGGGCCAAGGCGAGUUCGAAUGGUAA